AUGGCCAACGACGAAUACAGUCUUAUUACUCCUGAUGCGUUUCUAGACCGCAUGAGAAACUUUGUCGCGACGGAUCCAUUCCCGAGGAACCCUCAAAUCAGCACUCAUUCUAGCCACGCCGACAGGAUUGAGGCAGGAUACCAGGCAGAUGGACACAAGACUUGGGGGUUUGUCAUCUAUCGCACAACAUAUGAGGACGACACUGACUGGACUGAAUUUAUGCGUCGUCUACGUUAUUGGACAAUGGAUAAUAUGAAGUUCUACAACGGCCAGGAUGUGCUAGAUCGGAUGACAUGGACUAUCUUCGACAACCGAGAGCGCUUCGAUGGCGCAGACGUGUCCACCAUCCGUCAGCAUUUCCGCAAUUGGGCAGAGAAAGCAGCGCGAGCUGAACAGCAGCAGCCUGAGGAAGCCGAUGACAAGUUGCCUAGUAUGGGUCGCUCCCCGCGCUACCGGUACUGCAUCCAAGUCGAUGCAGAUGCGCUCAAAUCUGCUGUAUACGACGCUCCUCCACCACCCGACUUUGACAAGGACAAACAAGGAUGGGUCAAUCUAAUCGACAAAGACUGGUUACCUCGAAGCAAAAACCCAAUUUACGCGGGAAGACAGCCGGACCCAAACGUGUAUGAGCCAAUCUAUGCAGAAACAACCGCCGAGGUUCAUGUCACCCAAGCGAUAUACCGCAACAUCACGCGAGUCUUGGACGGCCAACUCAAGACUGCGGCACUUGAGGACUGCCUUCGUCAGCGACGUCUUAUUCGCAAGUUUCUAAUUCCUGAGCUCAAUGACUCUCUUUGGGUAAUGGUACAUGCAGAUCUUUCGGCCUCAAACAUAAUCACAGAUGAGGACUACAAUAUCUCUGGGUAA